AUGCGGGACGGCGUCACCCUGUAUGCCGACGUGUACCGCCCGGACGUGGCGGAUCCGCUGCCGGUGCUGCUGCAGAGGACGCCAUACGACAAGUUCCAAGGAGUGGGUGGCGGCUUGGACGUGCUGCGGGCGGCCUCCCACGGGUACGCGGUGGUGAUCCAGGACACGCGGGGCCGGUAUGCGUCGGAGGGCGAGUUCUACCCAUUCCUGGACGAGCCGAACGACGGGUAUGACACGGUGGCCUGGUGCGCGGAGCAGCCGUGGAGCACGGGCAAAGUCGGGAUGUUCGGCCGGUCGUACGUGGGCGCGACGCAGUGGCUGUGCGCCAUCACCAACCCGCCGGCGCUGACGUGCAUCUCGCCCGGGAUCACGGCGUCGGACUACUACGAAGGCUGGACGUACCAGGGCGGCGCGCUGGCCUGGGGCUUCGCGCUGUCGUGGACGAUGCGGCAGCUGACCAUGGCGAACAUGGGCGCGAUCAGCAGCCGCCACGACGUGCCGGACGGAACCCGGGAAGGCCUGCUGGCGGCGUUCAACGAGCUGGAUUGCGCGUUCCGGCACCAGCCCAUCGUGGAAAUGCCGCACCUGAAGGAGCCGCUGGCGGGGUACUUCUACGACUGGAUCCGGCACUCAAGCAGCGACGAAUACUGGAAGCGUUGGCGGAUCGAGGACCACUAUCCGCACAUCACCACGCCGGCGCUGCACAUGGGCGGCUGGCACGACAUCUUCCUGCUGGGCACGCUGCGAAACUUCGUGGGGAUGCGGAAGCAGGCGGAGAACCGGCUGAUCGUGGGUCCGUGGCAUCACGGGCCGUUCGGCGAGACCUCCGGCGAGUUCUUCUUCGGUUUGGGCGCGGCCGGAGGAGCCAUCGACACGGACGGGGUCCAGCUGCGGUGGUUCGAUCACUGGCUGAAGGGCGAGGAAAACGGAGCCAACAGCGACGCGCCGGUGCGAAUCUUCGUGAUGGGCGCGAACGAGUGGCGCAGCGAGCAGGAGUGGCCGCUGGCGCGGACGCAGUACACCGACUACUACCUGCACAGCGAGGGCAAGGCCAACACGGCGUCGGGAGACGGCGGGCUGUCGGUCGACGCGCCGGAGGACGAGGCGGCGGAUGUGUUUCUGUACGACCCGCGGAAUCCGGCGCCAACGCGGGGCGGGGCCCUGUGCUGCGGGGCAUCGUUCGUGCCGGGAGGCGCCUACGACCAGCAGGACAUCGAGGCGCGGAGCGACGUGUUGUGCUACACCACGCCGCCGCUGUCGUCGGACCUGGAGGUAACCGGCCCGCUGACGGUGACGCUGUUUGCGGCGACCAGCGGGGCGGAUACGGACUUCACCGCGAAGCUGGUGGACGUGGAACCGUGCGGCGCGGCGCGGAGCCUAGUUGACGGCAUCAUGCGAGGCCGGUACCGGAAAGGAACGGACGCGGCGGUGCCGGUGACGCCGGGCGCGGUUGAGGAGUACACGAUAGACUUGGUGGCGACGAGCAACGUGUUCAAGGCGGGGCACCGGCUCCGAUUGGAGAUCAGCAGCAGCAACUUCCCGAGGUUCGACCGGAACUUCAACACGGGCGGUGACCCGUGGUCGGCCACAGAAUGCGUGCCAGCGUUGCAGACCAUCAUGCACAAUGGGCAGUAUCCGUCGAGGGUCAGGCUACCGGUUAUUCCGGCCUAG